GAUGUGGAGCCCAGCAGCGGGCCCUCUUGCCUCUUGGCUCCUGCUCCAGCUCCGGUCCUCCCGCCUCAGCCCUGCGCAGUCCUCCGACAGCAGCGCCACUGGCUGCAGGGAUAUCCCGAUGAGAGGGGAGGCUGCUCGGGGUAAGUGGGACAUCUCGGACCGCUGAACUCCGCUCCGUGUUGGUUUCGCAUGUCUCCGCAGCCUCUCCGUGUGCCGCUGUCAGGCGCAGAGCUGCAAACAGGGACAGUUGUGCUUUUGCCUGUUUGGUGACAGGGACUGGCCAGAGGCCCGGUGACCCACAUUCUUAUCUAAUGCUGGAUGUUAGCGUAGCUAGCUAGCUCCGGCUGAAGUGGGCUGACACACAUUCGGUGCGCUGUGUGCAGGCGAGUUCAACCACUCGCUUUGUUGUAUAUUGUAAAGUCGGGAUUCGGCGGGGAAAUGACGCCUGGCUAAUUUCCCACGGACAGAGGAGCAGUGACAGUGUGUGUCUCGUGUCGCAGUGAGUGUCUUCAACUAGAAAAGCUGUUGUUUUGUUUCGGUAAUUGACGGUAGCGUGUAAGCUAGGUUGGCGUUAGCCUCCUAGCAAUCAGUGCCCGGCUUGCCGGCCGGCAUCGGCGGCAGCGGGCAGACGGCUGCUCGGUGGCGGGCUGGAGCCUGGUUGUGCCCGGGCUGCUCGCUGCGAGGCUGGCGGUGGUUCCGCUGACUUCACACACCUGACAGCCGGACACGUCUCACCGGCUCAGGCUUUCCCCGCGUCUGCCGCCUCUUUUAGAAGGGUGAAGGAUUCAAAUAACUUGACUGAUAUCCGUCAUGAAGUGAAGCAUAUAGCGAAUCAACCAUCACUCACAUACAACAGACUCAGAUGUUGCUGCCAUGUGCCACACUCGCGCCCGAAGCAGACGAAAAACUCAGCCCAAAGACCUUUUGGCAACUUUCUCUCCUCUGAUCCAAGACACGUUCAGUGCCUCUCCUCGAAGACUCUCAAAGCUUCACCACCACAGUGUGUCCACUCAUACCCCGCCUUCAUCCAGCAGCAACUUUCUCCUCCUCUCACAGGACUGGCUGUACUGGCAGUAAGGUUCAUUCACAAAUGUCUACCUCACGAUUAAAAGAGCCCUCUCCAACACAUCGACCCUGAACAGGACACAAAAUGACCUCCAGCAUUGACAGGGAUGAUAGCAGUAUUUUUGAUGGGUUAAUGGAAGAAGAUGAAAAGGACAAAGCAAAACGUGUGUCCCGUAACAAGUCUGAGAAGAAACGUAGAGACCAGUUCAAUGUCCUCAUCAAGGAGCUGGGUACAAUGUUGCCGGGUAACACCCGGAAGAUGGACAAGUCCACUAUUUUGCAGAAGAGCAUUGACUUUCUGCACAAACACAAGGAAAUCGCUGCUCAGUCAGAGUCAACUGAGAUCAGACAAGACUGGAAGCCUCCUUUUCUUAGUAAUGAAGAGUUCACUCAGCUGAUGUUGGAGGGAUUGGAUGGAUUUUUCCUUGCAAUUAUGACUGAUGGUAAUAUAAUCUAUGUCUCUGAGAGUGUGACGUCUCUACUAGAACAUUUACCUUCUGAUCUUGUCGAUCAGAACCUGUUGAACUUCCUGCCCAUGGGGGAGCAUUCAGAUGUGUACAAGGCCCUGUCCUCUCACAUCAUGGAGGGAGAGACGCUGACACCUGAAUAUCUGAAGACAAAAAAUCAGCUAGACUUCUGUUGCCACAUGCUCCGAGGGACUAUCGACCCUAAAGAGCCCCCUGUGUACGAAUACGUCAAGUUCAUUGGAAACUUCAAGUCCCUGAAUAAUGUGCCUAACUGUACCCGAAACGGUUUUGAAGGAGUGAUCCAGCGAUCACUUCACUCUGCCUUUGAAGACAGAGUGUGUCUCAUUGCAACUGUGAGACUCGCCAAACCACAGUUUAUCAAGGAGAUGUGCACUGUAGAUGAGCCUAAUGAGGAAUUCACCUCCAGACAUAGUUUAGAGUGGAAAUUUCUCUUCUUGGACCACAGAGCUCCACCCAUCAUAGGUUACCUCCCGUUUGAGGUCCUGGGUACAUCAGGGUAUGACUACUACCAUGUAGAUGACCUGGAGACACUGGCCAAAUGCCAUGAACACUUAAUGCAAUACGGCAAAGGAAAGUCCUGCUACUACAGAUUCCUCACAAAAGGGCAGCAGUGGAUUUGGCUUCAGACUCACUACUACAUCACCUACCACCAGUGGAACUCCAGACCAGAGUUUAUUGUCUGCACACACACUGUCGUAAGUUAUGCUGAAGUAAGAGCAGAGCAGCGCAGAGAACUUGGAAUUGAAGAAUCUCCACCUGAGAUUACAGCAGAUAAGCAGUCCCAGGUUUCAGGCUCCGAGUCCCAGCUCAACACCAGUCUGAAGGAGGUUUUGGAGCGCUUCGACCACAGCCGGACGCCCUCGCUUUCAUCUCGCAGCUCACACAAAUCAUCACACACCGCUGUGUCUGAGCCAGUCUCAUCUCAGAUGAAGCUGCAGGGGGAUAGGAGUACACCAGGUCGCCAAUCUGUUUCUGCCAUGGAGAUGACGUCACCACGAAGAUCGUCUAUCAGCAGUCAGCAUUCGAUGAGCUCCCAAAUUACCGAACAGAACGUGACUCCAUCCAUGGUUCCUCAACAGCAGCUGCAGCAGCAGCAGCAGCAGCAACAACCGCAGCAACAACAGCAGCAGCAUCAUCAGCAGCAGCCACAACAACAGCCACAGCAGCCUCAACAGCAACAAGUUCAAAACAAUGUACAAUCAAUGGUGCAGUUCUCCAGCCAGUUAGAAACCAUGCAUCACCUGAAAGAGCAGUUGGAGCAGAGGACCAGGAUGAUUGAGUCCAACAUCCAGCGGCAGCAGGAUGAGCUGCGGGAGAUUCAGGUGGAGCUGCAGAGGGUGCAGGGACAUAACCUGCAGAUGUUCUUGCAGAAAGGAGCUGGAGGACUGAAUCUUGGCUCUGUUCAGAUGGCCCAGGGGAACACUUUGCAGCAGGGGGGGAUGCUCAGCAUGCAGGGCCAAGUGGUCUCUGCUGGGCCUUUACAGAACAACAUAAAGCAACAACAUGCCGUCCAGCCCCAGUCCCAGCAACAAACACUCCUGCAGGAACAGAGCUCAGCACUCUCUCAGUCUCAGCGGUCGUCUCUCACCCUGCAGCCUCAACAGAAUCCACUGCCUAUGUCUCUCUACAACACAAUGAUGAUCCCUCAACAAAGUCCUGCUAAUGUGGUCCAGAUUGCCACCAGCCUGGCACAGAACACUGGACCCAACACUCCCGCUGUGGCAACAUUUGCACAGGACCGUGCUGCUCAGAUAAGGUUUCCUGCUGCUCCUCAGCUGCUCACCAAGCUAGUGACAGGACAGAUGGCAUGUGGGGCAGUCAUGGUCCCCACAACCAUGUUCAUGGGCCAAGUGGUGACAGCCUUCGCCCCUCAGCAGGGCCAGACGCAGACCAUCAGCAUCUCCCAGCAGCCUCCACCACAGCAGCAGCAGCAGCAGCAACAACCGCAGCAGCAGCAGCAGGAACAGCAGUUACAGCCGCAGUCACAGGUCACAGCCAUGCAAUCUGGGCAGGCUCCACUGGCACAGCAGCAAACACAGUUCCUACAGGCUUCUCGACUUCUUCAUGGAAACCAGUCCACCCAGUUGAUCCUGCAGGCUGCGUUCCCUCUGCAGCAGCAGGGUACCUUUGCUGCCGCAACCCAGCAGCAGCAGCAACAGUUACAGCAGCAACAACAGUUACAACAUCAACAACAGCAACAGCAGAAGCAGUUACAACAGCAGAAACAGCAACUGGCUCCUCACAGAGCAGAUAGUUUGUCUGACCGCUCCACUACGCAGCCACAGUAGCUGGCUGCAGCCAAUCAGAAGUGGAUUGGGCCAAACCGAGGUGGGGGUGUCUUUGUGAUGGCAGUCUCAAGACGGGUUCUGCUGAAAGUGCAGCCCUGAGACCAGGCCUCCUUUGUAAGUGAUUUUUCGCUGUUUGCACUGAUCUCCUGAGCACAAAGUGCUGCCAAGAAGAGAACUCAGGACCGUGCUAGCUGCGGCUCUGGCAGUUUGCUUUGUCUCUGGUUUGAAGCCUUUUCUCCAAGAAAACGGGGAGCCAUGUUUCCCUGUAAUGGACUUCCCCCCCCUCCCCCAGCCCUCUUGUUGUGUGUUUAUUGCGCGUGUGUAUGUGAGUGUGUGUUUGCAGGAGCUUGUGUGUGCGUGCACUCUAGUCACCCUCACAGGAUUAUUUUAUGCAGAGCUCACGAGUUAAUGCAGUGAAGCUUCAAUCAGAGCUUCAAGGACGUCCUUCUAAACAGCCCAUGGCUAGUUUGUUUUGGAUGUUUUCUCCUAUUCUUGUUCUUCGUGUAAAAAUAAUUAUGGGUCAGAAAAUAUUUUUAAGAAUGUGUUGUAGAUUGAACUUUUACUGUACAGAACAUCUUGUGUAAUAUAUACUGUAAAUAUAUUGAAAAAGAAAGAACUAAUAUUUUAUAUGAUGCAUGAAAUGAAAUGCAUAGUCUGUUAUUUGCAGCUUUGAAUAUGCUUUUUUUCUAGUCUUCUCAGAAAAAAAGAUCUUAAAAUGCUCUGUGGCUGAUAUUUUCACAGGCUUCCUUUCUCCUAGGGGAUGUUUGUUUGUGAGUCUGCAUAGCAGACAGAGUCGAUGCUGCUUGUUGUGUCACAGUUUGUUUAAUCCUUGACCCAUAUUUUCACGCAAUUUCAUAAAACUGUCAAAAAUGAUAUACGUUUCAAAAUUCAGCUUGAGACACACAUUGUGAAUGAAGUAAAUGCUACCAAGGUUAAGCUAAACAUGCAACAGUAAGAUUGCCAACCUAAUCCUUCAUAUAUCAUUAUCUAUUCAAUUUUUAGCACUUUUGCCAUCCAAACUUCCUGUUUGGUGUCUGAAGACACUUAAUUCCGUCUCUAAACAUUUAUCCCUUAAAAUAAACUUCACUUACAAGAUUGGCAGUCAGUCCUGUUAACCCUUUGCUAAUAUGUUCAAACUAAGAGUUAUAUGAUUUGUGCCAGCGUAAGGUUAAUCAUAUGAUUUCCCAUCAGCAAGCUGAUAAUCUAUCCAUUCUUUUUUAGCUAUUUACCUGAGUCAGCAGGGGGCACAGAGCAGCGCCCCCUGUGGCAGCUGUGAGAUGGCCCCAAACCACCUAACUAGCUCAAAUACUGUCAAUCUGUUGUGUUUGGAUGCCAAUGUAGGUUUGCAAAGCAAGGAGCAACACUUGAAAACAGACACUGUAGUCUGCCAUUGUUGAUGUUGUGCGUAAAGUCGUCGCAAGUGUUGCUGGGAAACUAGAGACGUAGACAGUGAAGUAAUAAUGUGGUUCAAGGCCGAUUCUAGCCAAUGGAAAAGCCAACUGGUUCUUAAAAGGUUUGCAAGUUGAACCAGCACCAGCCCAGCAUUAGCACUCCGUUCGAUUCGCUGGAAAGUUCUUUUGGAGAAACAGGAGCUGGACACAGUAGUCCAGUCUGAGCCACAUGCAUUAUAAUAAAGAGAGAUAGGUCGAUCACCCUGCAGGGAUCUCAUAACGUUUUAAGUUGGUAUAGCAAAUUUAUUAGUCAGCAGUUGCCACUUUAAACAUCCAGUAAACACAAAGCAACAUUAGCUCUAUUUCUGAUGAUUGCAAAUCCACCAUUCAGUCUCUUUUAGCUCUGUCUUUGGUCUCCCCCGACCUCUGAGGGAAAUAUUGGACUCCGUAGCUGCUAAAUGCUCCACUCUGUUCACCAGCUAGUCGCUAAGUCGGAGCAGCAGUCCUCUGCUGCGGCCAAAAGCGGCACAUUUAGAACAGGGAGCUUAACUUUGAGCUUGAAUGGUUUGUUUUUCAUUUCAGCUUAAAAAUACACUUAAACUUCAUUAUACACAAUUUGAUGUCUUAUUGGCUCAUUUGAUGACAACUUGACCUAGGUACACAGUGCUAGUACACACACACACACACAAGCCUUCUUACCAUCUGAUCUAAUUCACCACCAGAUGGUAUCAAGCUGACAGCUCAUUCUUCAUCUGUGUGUGAAGUGACAGGCUGAGCUCGACACACGGCCACAAGUCUGGUGACAAACAUCCAAUGUACAUUUUUUGAGCUCUGGUGAUACUACGUGCACUUUGUCUGUUCACCUCCAUGUGUUUGGCUGUUGUGUUCUUGUGUGGGAAAUUCCUGUUUGACAUAGAAGUUCACAAUAAUUCAUCCACUGUUUGGUUUGAGUCUGGCUUUGAGUAGCUGUGGAAAAAUGCUAAUAAUAACCCUCAUUUGUGGCUAACUGCUUGGGGAUACAGCCUUGGACCCAAGAGCUGGACCACACACACACAGACCUAACAGGUUAACAUUAAUGUCACAUGUUACAGCAAAUGCUGAACUGCCAUAUGCUCUGAAGCCCAGCUAAGUUUGAACAUGCAGAAUGUUUUGACAAGACCUCCUACCCACAAUUCAUACUUUGGCAUGUUGAUUCCUUUGUUCAACCCCAAAGUUAACAUGGUCUGUCCUAAAUGUUGAGUGAUUGGGGUGGUCACUUCAUUUCUCCUGCAGUGUAUAAUUUAAAUCGAUGGAUUCUCAUUUCAGAAGAUGUUUGGCUUGGAUCACGUUUGUGUCAGUAGCUAUCACGUUGGCUAAAGUGGUCCUUUCAUAUUUACCUGGUUAUUUUAUAAUACAUGUAGAGUGUGUGGUUUUGUCUCCUGUUGGCUUUCACAAACAAACACCAGCGCUGUGUCAUGAGUAUGGACACUAUAUUCAGUCAUAAAGUCAUUGAUUUUUCAAAUUGCAUGUAAGACAUCUAAGGGACUGUAUGAAAAAGUAUCGGCAGUGGGGCCUGAACCUUAUGUUUCAUAGAAGUGACUCGAAAGGAGUGGAAUGAGCUGUGGGUGAAGUGAUGAAAAACAAAUGCAACAUUUUGGAGAUUUCCAACUGCUCUGUUUUGAACCAAGAGCCUCAAAAAGAACAGUUACCAGCAGUGUCAGUGAACGAGCCGACAGAGCACAGCGACACACGUCAGAUUUGAACUUCACUCACAAGUAGCAUCACAAUAGUUAAUAACAUUAUAACUGACAAUAAAGUGACGCUGAUGAAAACUGCUCUUUCUUGAGAUGAUGUUCAGUCCCCACUAAGAACAAUAGUCCAUGUCACUGUUGCUUCAUACAGUCCCUAACGCCAGCUGUCUCCACUGUAGUUGGACCUCGUGGUCUGCUCCAUCUUCACAGCGCUACUCCAUCCUUCCCUCGUCAUCGGUUGUGCGGGAGCUCAUUUCAGUUUUUAAAUAAAACACAUUAGUUCCCUGCUAAACACAAUUUCACAAAGCUGCACAGGGGACCUGGAUCCUCUGGAGUGAGAUUCACGAGGUGCAAUAAACCUGCGAGAAUGUAAUUAAAUGUCAUUAACAUGUGUGUUGCAUGAGGAGGUGUGUGGCUGCGAGAGCCUUUUGCACAAUGUAUGAUAGGACUGUUAAUAAGAGAAGUAAAUUAUUUAGCCUUUAAAUGUGCAAACCUAAAAUGAAACCUACGUAUAAAGUUCCAAAUCAAGAGUUUAACAAGAGAGAAGGAUCUAAGCCAACUGUGACAUACAUAUAAAGACUGUUGAACCUUUUCCCCAGAAAGAGCUGGUUACAUGUUUAUACAAAGAAGAGCCCGACCGAUGUGGACUUUUGGAGACUGCUACAGAUAUUCAGUAAAAUAAUCUGAUCUUGAUAUAUUGGCUGAUAUACAUAUAUUUAUUUAUUCUGAAUUGAUACCUAUGGUAUAUCAAUAUGAAAUCCUAAUGACAAAGAAAUGUAAUUGAGGCUUGAUAUUUUACAGUUAAACUAUAAACUUUACUAUAAAUAGAAACAUAUAUAUAUAUAUAUAUACUGUUUAAAACCCUUUUUUUUUAACAUCAAAUUUAAUCAUAAAACAAUGUGAAAAGAAUUCACAUCAGCCGACACCUGCAAAUGCCAAUAUGUCUGUGAAAGGCUCAUUUCUACCGACCAAAACAUCGGUCGGGCUCUAAGACGAAGACUGUUAGAUUUAAAGGUUCUUUUCUCUUUUCAUGAUCAUGUUCAGUCUUUACCUGCCAGUCAAGUUGUUUUCCUUCAUGCUGGAAUACAGGUGGAAACUGACACAUUUUAAAAGACAAAGCAAUGCUUUUUCUUUUCAAAGUUAUCAGUCAGUGGUUUUCCAGUCAUAGAAAAAUGAGGGGAAAUGUUUUGUUAUCCAAAGAGCGGGGCACUCCAGAGGAUGAGCCCUAAACGAAAGGACACGGUGAAUUCUGUUCAAUGUUUUGUAGUUCUGAUGUGCACACUAGAAGCUCUUGUGUCUCAGUGUUUUCUCUCUGCUUUCACGUCAUGUUUGUGUAGCGUUUUGGUUUGGCUCAGGAAAUGUACUGCUGCAGUCCACUCAGCCACGUUUCUAAAAGGUUAACGCGCUCUGAAUCCUGCAGGUUUAUGUCACAGCAGCUGUUUGGCCUUUUUCAGGUGAUGGUGAACACCUGCUGUGACAUCACUGACUCGGCUGCGGCCAAUGGUUUUAUUAACUUUGAUCAGUAAAUAACUACAUGCAGCCGUCAACUACUUAGACCGUAUUACAUGACAGGAAUAUAAGUCGGCCGGUCAAAAAUCAUUUUAUUACCAUUAAUAGUAUCAGUGCCAGAAUUGCUGCAUUCAAACCACUUUGAUACAUUAGCUAAAAUAUUAAAUGAAAUUAUUUUCUGUGUUUUAGUUUUAAUGUAAAUAGAUCAGUGGUUACCAGCAUUUUGACUACAUCAUUACCAAAUUGACAAUCAUAAUUAUUUUUCAUUUAUUACUCUGACACUUCACGAUUAUUCUUUUGGUUUAUUAAAUUGCAGAGAUAAAUUUUCCCCAAAACUGAAGUUUAUGUCUUGUUUUAUUUAACCAACUGUCCAAAAACCUAAAAAGUAAAUUUAUUGCGAUAUAAAAGCAAAUCUCUGGGAUUAUAGUUUAUGACUGAUCACUUAUUGUAAGCAGCUGUAAUUGUAUUUGUAUGUUGGAGUAAUAAUUAAUAAUUACAGCUCUAAUCUAUAAAGCUUCAGUAAAGCUGUAUGUUACUUUAAUUCCUCAACCUUAUCAUAAAGUGGUUUCAACACUUAGGUCUCUGUACAGUUUAUAAACAUUUCAGUUUAUGCUGUAACUCUAUUAAUAUGGAUUUAAGCAUGUAUAAGUGUUUAUUAAUGCACUUUUGAACCACAAUUCCUACUAUGACACCAGUGAGCUGUUCAUGUUUUAAUGGAAAAUGAUUAAGAGUUGUAAUAAUAUAAAAAAUAUAUUUACGAGAGAAGGAAUCAUUGCUGAUAAAGUUCAUUAAUUAACACUUAAAAUUUCCUUCUUGCAACAUUUAAUUACAGCAUGUGUUAUAACUUUUCUUUGUAUAGCACUUAUCUAAACAAGGUUACAAAAACCCAUGGCAAAAAAAUGAACUAAAAUAAAAGGUAUUCAAUUUACUUCAAUUUUAAGCACCAAAUCAUAAAAUAAGACCAAGACCUUGAAAUUUAUAGAGAAAAAAUAUAUAGACCUUUUCUUUUUACAGCACUUAGAAAUAAAAACUUUUAUUGUUGUGAACAUUGUAACAGAUUCUGCCCCAAAACACUUUUCUUGCAGAUCCACUACUGCCACCUGCUGUUCAGUUUGAGGUUCAGCAUCUUUAGACAUCAAACAUUAUUCCCUCAUCAACAUCAAAUAAUCGGACAGUGUAUUUGUAACCCUCCAGAUUUUGGUCUGCAUGUGUGUUGCUCUGCAUUUAUUUCUUGAGCCAAACUGUUCAGAAAUUCAACACAACCUUCUGAAGCAAAUGUAUCAACCGUUUGCUCCCCUUCAAUCUGAAAUAAAUCCCUAUGAAAUGUC